AUGUCUGUAGACCCCCCUCCAUCUCCAGAGCCUGAGAAUGAGGCGUCGGAGCUCUAUGAUGUCCCAGAGGGCACCCUCGCCACCUGGGGCUUCCAGAUCAAUAGGCGGCUCGAAGCCCUGGUCUGUGUGGGCUGCAAAUCUGUUGUCACCCCCACUGCCGCUGUCUCGCACCACCACAAGCCACCUGCUGCCGCCAUCUCACACCACCGUAAGCCCGCCAAGCUCAGGGUUGAUAGGAAUGUGCUGCAGGCGCUGGUGGACGAAGGGUCAAUUCAGUCUGGAUGGCCUACCGUCACGCCUGGAGAUGUGGAGUACCAGGGCCUUGAGCGCAAGUGGGGCGCUGCAUGCCCGCAGGAGGGGUGCUCCCUUAUGUUCACCAACAAGAAGCACGCCAUCGCCCACGCCCUUGACAUUCACAAGCUUGCGGUCAAUUCCGUGGACAUGGGCUGGAUGCAGCGCCUCUCGCACUAUCUCUAUAAUCUGGCACAUUGA